AUAUAUCGAUGUAUUGAUUACAUCCCUAGUUUUGGGUGUGUAUCUGUUCAUCAAAAUUUGCUGCUGUCGUUCGGAAAUAAAAAUAUAUUAAACAACAAAGCUGCGAACAAUUAAGAAUCAUCCAAAACACCAAACCAAACCGACAUCCCUACAGAAAUAAUCAGAUCAGAGCUUUCGAGCUCGCUAACUUUGUCCAGACCACACAACCACAACCAACCCAACCAUCCCCACCCACCCCUGUAAUUGCAUAUCACAGUAUCACUGAGAAACUUUUCAACCAUAGGCCUAUCCGAGACAGCCAUCAUGGACGUAAUGUCAUCAUCUCUACAACAACAGCGCAUUGUCGUUGACCAGCUGCGUCGCGAGGCGUCGAUGGAACGGCAGACCAUUUCGGAGUCGUGCGCCAAAAUGAUGAAGUACAUCACGGAGCACGAGCAGGAGGAUUACCUUUUGACUGGAUUCACCAGCCAGAAGGUAAAUCCAUUCCGUGAAAAGUCCUCAUGCACCGUUCUUUAAGGAGGAGUUUGGAGUUGGCGAUAGAAGGCGAACUGCGGACGGAGCAGUUGACUUCUGCAUCAAUGCGCAGAUCGUAUAGUUUAUUUUUAGUUUAGCAAGAUGGAUUCUAAAUAUGUAUAUGUCUAAUAAUGACACCAGUACCAGUCAACGCCACCUGGAUCAAUAUAUCUCAAUAUAACUCUUUGUGCAAAAGCUAUAAUAACAACAAACAAAUUGUCUCAAGCAAUAUAUGCUAGAAUAUAUAAAGAUAUAUCAAUAUGUACCACUCACGUUAAAAGUUGUAUUAGGUUAUACAAAGCCCACAGAAAGAUUCAAAAUUCAUAAUCGAAGCAUUUGUCCCAAAGAUAUAUCAGAGUUGUCUCUAUCCGAAUAGUAAAGCUGUUCAGGUACGCGAGUAUCCCAACUAACAAGAAAAUCAAUGCGCUGACUAUAGCAUCUACAACAACUACUACUACAACUACCUAAACUACAAGUAUAAACCGAAACUCACACAUAUUCUAUAUACCCUAUUAUCAACUAUUAUCGAUCCGACAUACAAAUUUAUCAAUAAACGUAAACCCAACAGAAGAUACAUA